AUCCUGAUUCUGAAUUUUCACUCUUUCUCGAUCUUUCCUUCCCUUCUUAUAAUCCUUCCCUUUCAGCCUUAUUCCGUUCUCUACUCAUUCAUUACACAACAAUUCUUUCUCUCAGUGAAAACUGAUUUCAGAAUGAAAGAAGCUAAAUCAAAGACAAGUACCACCAACAAGUCUGAUGUCAAGUUAGCAGUGAAGAGAAAAGCACCUGCAAGUGAAAGAGCUGGAAAGAAACCAGCAAAGAAGGAAAAGCCAGCUAAAGAUCCAAACAAGCCUAAGAAGCCUGCUAGUGCCUUCUUCGUUUUCAUGGAGGAAUUUAGGCAAACAUUCAAGAAGGAACAUCCUAACAACAAAUCAAUCACUGCUGUUGGAAAAGCCGGAGGAGAUAAGUGGAAAUCUCUGUCUGAUGCUGAGAAAGCUCCUUAUGUAGCUAAAGCUGAAAAGAGGAAGACCGAGUAUGAUAUAGUCAUGAAAGCCUACAACAAGAAACAGGCCGAAGAAGCAGCAGAGGCUGAAGAUGAAUCCGACAAACCAAAAUCAGAAGUGGAUGAUGAACAAGAUGAGAGUGGUGGAGACGAGUAAGAAGAUGAAGAUGAAGAGCAGAAGGAAGAGUACAGACAGAAGAUUAACAAUUUGAUGUUUUAGUAGUAGUUUAAUAAUCAUUUUGGUUUUCUAGAGAUGUUUCAGCUUAAUUCUCAAUUUAUACAUCAAGAUAUAUGCUAGAUGUUUCUUGUGUUGUAGAAUGUGCAGCCUAAUUUUCUUAGUCAUUAUAUGCUGUUUUAUGU